AUGGCUCCAGAGACGAACGAAAGUCCAGAUGGGACGCCGUACACUCUAUACCACAACUAUUACUCCAUCUGCUCCAUAAUGAUGCGCUAUCUCAUGAGAAUUCGGGGUGAUCCUGUCGACGCUGCCGCACAAAUGAAUGUGGCUGAACAACACGUCGAUAUCUUCAACGAAGAACAAUUCAGUGAGAAAUACUUGCUGGAGGUGAACCCCAAUGGUCAAGUACCUGUGCUUGGAAGUCUCGUUGCAUUUUCCUACCCCCUUGCUCAGACGACAGCAAUAAGCGCCUAUGUUUCCGAACGAUACCCUGCUCUUAUGCCCGUCGAUCACGCCGAGACAAUCAGAAAAUCACUGAUCAAGAUGCAUGAGCUCAACUUUUUCACCCUCUCAUUCCUGAAAAGUCCCAAACUGGCAUCUGGCUUCGCCGACGUCGUGUUGAAACGGCUGGCAAACAACGAUAUCAGUGAGGAAUAUCGCAAAGCGUUAGAAUAUAAGCUCAUGAUUUUGAAACGGGACAAGGUCGAUGCUCUUCAACCGGCAAAAAUCGAGAACGAAGUGAGCAAGGCCACUGCAUACAUGCAAGAAUUAGCGUCUUUCCUUCGACCUGAUGCUGGGCCGUGGAUGUUCGGACAACAGAGACCCACGGCCCUCGAUGCUCAUUUGGUUGUCAUGAUUGCAAGGUUGCAGGACGUCGGCCGAGACGAUAUCAUUCCCGAAACUUUGAAAGCGUAUGGUGAUAUGGCCAUGAACACUCCCGAAUGGCUCGAGGUCAUGGAUGGGAGACGAACAAUGUACGAUGGAUCAGGGCUGGCACGUAAGGACUAG